AUGAAAGAGGGUAUGGUUCUGCAAAAUAGCAGCGAGAGGGCAGCGGAAAAUGAAGAUAAGAAUAAUAAAUGGCGUUGGAUUGAGAGGGGUGGUGGAGAUGAUGGGCGGAGGAAAUUUAAGUUGUUCAGGAGAUUUCAAUCAACCAACUACAUUUUUGCCACCGCCAAUGUUCAAAUAGACUGGAAGGAGAUGCUGGAGUUCCAUGUUUUCAAAGUCGAACUUCAGGGGCUGAAGAAAGAAAAAGUGAAAGUUGAGGUGGAAGAGGGUAGGGUUCUGCAAAUCAAUAGCGAUAGGGCAAGAGGUAUAUCUCUCAGGAGGUUCUAUUCACGAAAAAAUGUAAAAAAUGGUGAAGUGAAGGCAACAAUGGAGAAUGGAGUUCUUACUGUAACCGUUCCUAAACUGGAGAUGAAGAAAUCUAAGGCCGAGACUAAUGAAAUCAAUAGCUAA